AAAAUAUUCGAAUCACAGUCAAGUCACUUCCGCGUUUUAUCAUCACCUCACUUUGAAGAGUCGAAAUUAUUUUUAAAUAAUUGAUUUUUGUACGCUAAGGCAGUUAGUAACAGCUAUUACAACUCAAAACACUUUAAAGACAAGGAGCAAAAAUCAUGGUGUCCAAGACAGCCUGUAAAGCGUUCCUGCUCAUUAUAAAUGUGUUACUUUUCCUUUGUGGAGCCAUUAUAAUGGGAAUAGGAAUCUGGGCUAUAGCUGACAAAAUCUUCAUAUCCAAUAUCAUAGGGAGCUCACUGUUCAACUCUGCAUCCUACAUCAUGGUGGUAGUAGGAGCGUGUAUAAUAGUGACAACAUUUAUAGGAUGUGGUGGCGCAGUGGCCAACAACAAAUGCCUUGUUGCCGUGUUUGUAGCUGUGAUUGGGUUGAUGUUUGUGCUCCUUCUUACAGCCGCCAUUUUGGGUGCUGUCUUCAGGGAUAAUCUUGAAGACAACCUCCAAGAGGACAUGAAGCGUGGCAUCAGAACUCAGUAUGCCACCAGUGUUGAUUACAGUGAUAGAAACAGGGAUGUCACAGAGUCCUGGGAUAUGUUGCAACAACGGUUGCGAUGCUGUGCUGUCAAUGAUGAGGGCUGGGGUCUGUACCAGGAGUCCAACUGGUUCACCAGGCAGUACAGUGAGUAUGACAAAAAAUUCGUGCCACCCAGCUGCUGUGUAUAUGAAAACAGACUGGGCCAGUAUCUGAACCUGCAAAACUGUCAGUCAUUCGCAUUUGGACCACCGAGGAUGCAAACUGGGGCUCAGAAUAACGCUCUUCAUUACAGGGGUUGUUACACGGCUGCUAGAGAGUUUAUCAUAGAGCAGGCAAACAUUGUUCUCGGCAUCGGCUUCGCGUUCUGCGUAUUCCUGAUUACUGGUGUAGUGGCGGGAGUUUUGUUUAUCCUUAAGUUGGGUGAGACAGGGGAAAUGGAGUACUAAGAAUGAUGGUGAGAGGUUUUCUUUCAGAUUGCUGGUGUUGUGAUGGGUGUUAUCUUUGUCUUGAAGUUGAAAGAAAGUGACCAAGGGGAUUAUAACGUGCGUACGGCUGACAGAGGAGAUUAAUAAUUCGUGCAUUCAUAGCGAAAAUCUCAAUAGAAGUCAAAUGAAAAAAGAAUUUGUUAGUAAAAUGGAAUAUGUUAUAAUUGAAGCAAUCUGUUUGCUGUAACCAAUUACUCUAAGAUUUUGAAGAUGAAAUUCAAGUCGACUAAGUUGUGAAUUAUGAUACAAACCAUUUAGAAAUUUGGUACAAAAUGGGUUUAUUUGAAAUCAAUGUGAAUAGUUAAACACUUUUUUUAAUCUUUUAAUUCUGAAUGAAACAGUGAGUGAUGACAAAUCCAUGGAUUUGGGAGUUUCCCACAGCAAUUAAGUUUUGUGUGACCUCAAUUUCUGGCAGCAAUAUUUUAAGCAUACACAUGCAUUCUAUACCAAUCCAUGUGCAUGUGUUUAUAUAUGUUUCAGUACAACGAGGGCUUUAGUCAUGCGUUGUAUUUAGGCACAAAUGGUUUUAUUUUUUUUAAGGAGUAUGACUAUGUAUUAUGUUUUAUAAAUCUAGUUUUCAAAAUGUUCAUCAUUCAAAACAUGUUUCGUUGAAAUGAAUGUUCAUGAUAAGUAUGCAUGCCUAAGUUGUCCAUGUAUGGUACAUUGACUUCGUAAUGUUACUCCAUGGAAAGUUUGUUUUAAUGAUCAGGGCCCGUAUUCACCAAACAAUUCUUAGACUUUAGUCUAAAAAUGAAGAAUAUUCUUUAAAUUGAUAUAUUCAAUAAGUGCUUGAAUUUUGAGUAAAACUUGUUAUUAAACAUCUCUAUCUAUGGCAUUUUUCAUGUAGAACAUUUUGUUAAUGACAUUAUUACCAGUGGAGGCAUGUAUAUAUUCAAACAUUGAACGCAUUUUUUCUUGGUCCCAAAUCUUUUCGUUAUUUUUAAGUCUAAUAAUGGGUUGGUGAAUACGGGCCCAGUCUUAUGAAUGUUAAAGAAAAAUAUGGGUCAAUCAAUGACUUGUAAAUAGUUGAGUCUUGCUAUGGAAAAAUAGGGCUCAAUAAAAGUGUGUAAAGUGUAACAGUCAUCCUUGAUUAGCCUGUGCUGUCCAUACAGGCUUUUAAGGGACAACACAUUCUGCCAGACUGGAUAUGUGUUUAUAAGAGACUUUUAUUAAACAAAUAUUCCUAAAGCAGCAAAUGUCUUCCUGUCAGAUUGACCUUUGCGUACAGCAUGGCUAAUAAGGGAGAACACUACAAACAUGCAUUGGGCCCCGUUUUCCUAGAGCAAGGCCCAUUUUAGUGUUGAUAUUGGGCUCAAUUCACAUUGUACACGGCAAAUAUUGAUAAGAUAUUGAAUAUUAUCAUGCAUCGAUAACUUAAAUUAUUACCAUUAACAAUUGAUUUUUAUAAGAUGUUAUGUGGUGAUGCAAUAAAUAAAUUAAAACAUAAAAGUUAUUUUAACAUAUCAUAACUGAACGCAUAUCAUACUUGUGCCAUGUAUGGUAACAGCUUUUAUUUAAAACAUUUUGUGAGUGAAUUCAUCAUUUGUGUAUGAUUUAAUUUUUUUUAGUGUUUAUUAGAUAAUUGGAUUUCAUGAUUGCUGUAAAAAGGUUUUAGGAUAUGUGAGUGCACUCAGGACUGAAGAUAUGUUUAGGAAACAAGUACGACCUGGAUAUUGUAAAUUUUCUUGUCAUAUGCAAAUUUUGUAUUUUUAAAGUAUGUUAAAUUCAGAACAAGCUUACAAAUUGUAGUAAAUUUUCAGAACAUUUUAUUCUAAACAUAGGUUGUAUCAGAAGAUAAAUUUCAAGUUCGGAAAGUUUAACAUCAUAUUGUUUAAUGCUUUGUCCUGUUGAUUGUAUUUAAUUUUAUGUAUUAUCCCGGUUCCAUUGAAUGCAUUCAUACUUUUACUGUUUUUAUGUCCCCCAGUCUAUUGUUUUUGCCCUGUCUGUUUGUUGGUAUGUUGGUUUGUUUGUUUGCGUCAAACUUUAACAUUGGCCAUAACUUUUGCAAUAUUGAAGAUACCAACGUGAUAUUUGGCAUGCAUUUGUAUCUCAUGGAGCUGCACAUUUUGAGUGGUGAAAGGUAAAGGUCAUCCCUCAAGGUCAAAGGUCAAAUAUAUGGGGGGGGGGGACAUAAUGUUUCACAACACAUCUUGUUUUUCUUUGGUUUUGGUCCUAGUUGAAAUUCAAAGGUUGUGUAUGACUAUUUUUUUGUUAGGUUAAUUAUUUUAAAUUCUCUCUUUUAAUGUGUAUAACUUGUUUUAGUUUAUAUGAGUGCCUUUAAGUAAAGGAUAUUGAUUUUUAUUAAAUUCUGUUCUUUCGGAGUCUCCUGUAAUUAGACACGUUUAGUUGACACAUUUUACAUUUACACAAUAAAAAAUGGAAAGUAUUUUUUAUUAUAUCUUGGAUCAAUUAUUUCUGUGAACAUGACCAUAGAGAUUAAUACCAUACUCCAUUAUUUUAGUGAACGUUUUAAUAUUGUAUUUUUGUAUAGUUAUAUGUGUAAGUAUGUAUAGGUUUACAUAUUUUUGUAUAGGUAGAUAUGUAUGUAUGUAAAGGUUUAUACUUGUAGUAUUUUAUGUAAAUGCUUCAUGUAUAUUUUCAUCCUUUUACAUUUUACUUUUGAGUACCGGUAUAUUGUGAAUAAAUAGCAAAACUGUG